AUGUAUUUUGGUGAUGCGGCCAAGCUAGAAGGACCUAAUGUCCAACAAAUUCCUAUGAAUUCAAAAGAUAAAUACCAUAUAUAUUUCACUGGUAUAAGUGUAAACGGAAAUAGACUCUCAUUUGAUGCUUCUAUAUGUGCAUUAACAGAUGGUGACCCUUCUAAAGGCACAGGGUUCUUCGUCGACUCGGGUGCACCACCCACAAUACUACCUACAACGGUAUAUCAACCCCUACGUGCAGCCAUGGUUGACUACUUCGCUCAAUAUGGUUGGCAGACGAUUGGUGAACAAGCCUUUGAUCUUUGCUACACGUCGACUCCUAAAGAGGGCCAAAGCUAUCCAUCCGUGGUCUUUCACUUUUCGAAAGGUGACCAAGGAGGGGAGGUCGAUUGGACAAUGGACAAGGACAACAUGUUUGUUAAGCUCGAUGCAAUCGAUGGUUUUUGUAUGGUGGUUGGCCAAGUUCCUGAUCCUGGACCUUGCCUCCUUGGUGCUUAUCAACUAGCUAACUUUAAGCUCUCAUUUGACGUCAAAAAUGAGAUUUUAUCUUUUGCUCCUCAGAGAUGCCAAGAGAAUCUUUAG